UCUUUCUGUCUUUUUACAAGUGUCACUCCUACUUGUUAAGAGCCAGUACAGUCAAGCUCAGACCCAGCUCUUCCAGACUCUAUACCUGAUAAACAGCUGUCAACUGCUCAGAGAUCUGGGGAAUAUGACAUUUAAAUAGUUAAUUGUUAAAAAACUUUUUAUAACAAAAAGAGAUAGGUUUGCUCCUAGCAGCAGCACUCUAAUUUCUCCAAAGAAGACAGAAGACAAAUGGGCACAAAACAACAUCCAUCUGCAAUUCACUUCAUCAACUGCCAGUGCUAACUGGAAAAAAUGCCUUUCAUCUAAACUGAAGAUCUACAGAUGUGGACAGAAUUGCUAGAAUUGACAGCCUGGCGGCUCAGAUCAAGGACUUGCAAGUAUCCAGAGGGGCAGAAUGCAAAUCUUGAGAAGAUACCGUGGAACACCUCUGCCACCGUGGCUUUUGUAGGGUCUUGCCCCAAGUGCCCUCAAGGGGUAUAUCUCACAAGCAGCAGCAUGGAGCUACAAGGAAGUGUGCCCCACCUCUCCCAAAGCCCAGAAGCUAGCUGUGAGUUCAUGGAAAAUCCUAGGGGCUGGUCUGAAGACAAGGAAAAAGCAAGGAGGAAACUGAUGGACUCAGUACAUUUUCUGCUCUGUGCUUUGCUCCGAGAAAAGAGGAGGACUGUAAAGUUACAGAAAGAGCUAACAGAUAUAAAGAAGAUCUUGACUAUGCCCCCAAAGAAAGGACAUGGGUGUGAUGGCAGAAGACAGAGUUUUCGUGAGGUUUCAAAAGUCAGUCAUGUUGAAGUGAACAUUCCAGUUGCCAUGGGAGAAGCAGCAGCGAAAGAAAACUUAGUGUGCAUUCAAGAGAAUCCAGGCACUACAGUCCUAACUCAGAUGGAAUUAGAAAUGAAAGAGCUCAAAUCUGCCCUCUCUGAAGUACAUGCCCAAGAACACCUAGUUAAGAAGGAUCUGGAAGCCCUGAAGCAGCUCUACCGAGGCGAGCUAGAGUCCAUUGAUGGCAUGUCACUGGAGUUGUGUAUGUGAGUGGGAAGGAACCAUAGCAAGCCAAGCCCAUGCCUUUCCACAAAAGCACAGUGCUCAGUGAGCCCUGUUCACAAGAUCUGUGGACUGUGAAAGCUGUCCAGACAGUGCGGUUCUGCAAAAAUUGUUAA